CUUUGGUCUAUCGGCGUAAUGGAAAUAUACAAUAUUUUGCGCAGGGCAAAAGCAAAGGAAAAGGCCAAAGGCAAAAAUCAUAAACAUAACAGUAAAGAUAGUGGAUGGCCGGGGCGUGAAAGUGGACUUGUGACGUGUUAUCAGGGCCGAUAAGCCAAGCCCAGCGACGUCAACUGCGCAGCAGCAGCGCUAGCAACAACAACGAACAGCAAGAACAACAACAAACAGGCAGAAGAGCUUGGAGGAGUGUGUAAUCAGUAAUCAGAGUCGCUUGUUUUGAUUUCCUCGGAAACGAAACGAAACUCCGGAUAACUUGUUGCGGGAUCCGCUUCGUCGCCCAGUAUUGAUUUAGCACAUAUAGCCGACAGUUGUGAUUCCGAUUUCCGAUUCCCAAGCCAGCUGUCUCUAAUAUCUGCCUUCUAUCCAUACAUAUAUAUACAUUCUAUAUACGACGCUUCUCCAAAAAAAAAACCAAUACCAUACGAUACGAUACCAUAUUUGUGUUCGGUUUUUCGUUUGCUGAGGGGAAGGCGGCGUUGGAGGAGGUGGACACCAGACCAAAGCGGAAUUGACGCAAUUGUUGAGAACUAUUUUUAAUGGUCAGCGGGUCGAAAAUGCACGAAACUCAUCAAAUAUUCAGAAGACAAGCCGGGAAGAAGGAGAGGCAGUGAUUCCCCGAAAUCGGAGUCAAUCGGCCGAUGGAAAGCGAGGAGUACGCAGUGGGAACCAUGGAGAAUCGACGCUUGCCACUGUUUCCCAUUGAACCAGAGCCAUCUGUAACGCCCACACAGCGUCUUACUCUUUUGGCUACCCGACUACUACGUGCUCUGCAAUUGAACUGGCGGAUUAUUGUCUCGGGCAUCACACUUACACUUUUGGCCGUCAUCUGGUAUUAUCCCACCUUCUUUCUGUUCUUUGCCUUCGUUGUCUAUUCCCUGGUCUUGGUCUUUGCGGCUGUGGCGGGCACAGUCUAUAUCCAUUAUGUAUUCACCACCAACGAGCCGACGCCACCAAGUCGCGUGCCCUCGCGAUUGCUCUACAAUGCCACCAAAAGCAACAUCUUCGAUCUGCCCAAGCCCAUUAAGAAUCCAUCGAAUCUGCCCUUGAUAUUCGGCAAAACAGUGGAUCUACAGCUUCAACAGAUUAUUGAGUAUGUGCUGAGGGACUUUAUGCUGCCCUGGUUGGGCUAUGUGGUGACCAAGCCCAAGUUGAUCAACGAUGUGGUGCGCGAGGAUCUGUGGAAUGCCAUUCAGAAAAUCCAUGAAAGGGCCACCAAAAUGGACGCUGCCAAGAUAAUUGCCGUGGACAUGGUCAACCGGGUAACGGUGCAUCUCGAGAAGAUUCGCAUUGCCGAGGCCAGAGCGGCUGAAACGAACACUCCACCAGUUUUUAGCACCAACUCGUACCUCGCCGACGAGGAGAAGGAGUUGGAGUUUCUUCGCAAGCUCUGCGAAAUAAUGGUGAUUCUGCUGCUGCCACGAGGUUACUCCUUGCCGCCUUUGAAGGUCUUGCUCAGCGAGAUUCUUUCGUACAAAAUAUUCUUUCCGAUGAUCAAAAUGCUAACCGCACCGGAUUACAUCAACCAGAAGGUGGUGCAGAACAUUGAGACUCGUUUGGCAGCGGCGGCGAUGAGUAAGCGAAGCUACGAGUACGCAGCCAGCUUCGAGGACUUCCUGAAGAUCAUAAACAACUCAGGCAAUCUCGAGGAGCUCUCGCUCAUCCGCAAGAGCAUUGUAAACGACCUGAUGCAUGCCACGACCAUGCAGAACCUGCAGCGUGCCAAAGGACUCGAUCCGGAUCACGAGGAUCACUCUUUGUCCAAAUCAGAACUCACGGCCGCCGUUCGGCUGAAGCGCUAUGUCCGCCAGCUCACGAUGGCCAAGGGCGAGUGCGAAAAGAACCUAGCUAAGUUUGGCUGGAAUGGCAACUACUCCAGCGAUGUUGAUUUAACACUAGUUGAGAUCCUAAACACCGCGGUGGGCCGUCGCUACUUCACAUUGUUCCUGGAGCCGCUAAAAGCGAGCGCCCUGAUUGGCUUCUACCUCGCCGUGGAGGAGAUCAAGCAUGCGCACAAGUCGGUCAGUCACCAGUUGGGCACAGAGAUCUUCUACACGUACAUCCGAGUGCCCAAAUCGGAGAUUCAGAUCGACAAACACGAGCGCAAGCUGAUCGAAACGUUUCUGCUGGGCGAUGCCGAUCCGGACAUCUUCUUCGAAAUCCAGCGCAACGUACUGCGAACGCUGGAGGAGAAGUACUAUCCGCCAUUUGUGCUGAGCGAUCAAUACCGCCAGCUGAAGGAGGCGCUGGACUCGAAUGAGAUUGCCGAUCCAACGCUGUUAAUGUGCCCCAACAUCGGCGAUGCCCCGGAACCGCUGGCGGAUGAGCAACCGGGUGCGGCGGAUGGCCUAAAUGGUGGAUCCGGCGGUGCCAUUGAUGUGGCUGCCCACACAUCGUAUGCACGAAGGAAAUUGGAACAGAUACAGGAACGCAUCGACAAAAAGAACCAAGCGCUGGACGCCCUCAAGUACUCGGUGAAGCCGGAGUCCAAGGUGCUGUCUAUUUUGGAGAAGGAGAUGGAGUGGUUGAAGAGUGAGAAGCGCCAGACGGAGGCGCAUUUACGUCGCACGGACGCAUGGACGGAGCAUCUUGGCAAGUGGAAGGCCACCAUUCAGAGCGUGGAGGUCUCCGAUGAGAAAGAAUCGUUGCAGUUCAUGAUCCUGGUCCAUGUGGACGAAGAUAUUAAUGCUCCAGCUCAACCGACAUCAUUUAAAAACGGCGAAAGCGGUCAUGCAAAUAUGCGCAAACGACCGUCGGGCAUUUCCAGCGGCUGGGUGGUGAUGCGGUCCCUCAACCAAGUGCACGAGCUACAACGGAAGCUGCGGCACGUGAGCUCCAACCUGAAGGCCAUCGAUCUGCCCACAAACUUCAAGUUCUUUUUCCUGAAAACAGAUCGGCAUGGCCAGGAAAAGGCCAAGGCACAGAUUCAGAAGUUUCUGAAUUUUAUACUGGAAGACGACCAUCUGAAUGGCAGCGAGGCCAUCUACACGUUUUUAAGCCCCAGUUCGGACCAUUUGAAGCAAUCGCUGCCCUCGCCAAAAAAGUCCAAGUUCUCGCUAGCCACACUUUUCCGCAGCGAUGCUGGAAAAGCAAACGAGGCCAGCAAGGCCACCGAUCCCUUUUGGGGACUGCAGCGCGACGACGAGGACAUCUCCACCUAUCUGGAUGGCGAGUCGGGCGGUGAGGCCAAAUUGCUGGCUGCGGAUCUGGAUAGCAAGGAUUCGAUAGCGGAACCGAUGUACGCCCUGAUGGGGGAGAUCUUUGACAUGGGCGGUGUGUUUAAGUGGCUACGCAAGAGCCUCAUCUCCUUCGUGCAGAUCACAUACGGCCGGACGAUCAAUCGACAGAUCCGCGAAUCAGUGGCCUAUCUCUUCGAGGAGUCCAUGCUGCACAAUUACUUCUCGGCCAUACUCAAAUCCUUUUGGCCAGGCGGCGUCCUGGCCUCAGCUUAUCCAACGCGAUCGGAGGACAUGCGCGAGAUGACCACCACGGCGGCCAAGGCGCUGCUUACCGAUCACAUACCGGAGGUGCUGUGCAACCUGGUCGGCGCCCAGGCGGCCAAACGAGGUGUACUUAAGGUUUUCGAGGCCCUGCAGAAUCCCGCCUUCAACAAGCAGCUAUUCUACGAGCUGCUGGAGAUACUUAUGAUUGAGUUCUUUCCCGAAAUCCGCCAGCUGCGGGUGAACAAUGCUAAUGGAACCAAGUUGAACACAGCCACAGCAGGAGCAGCGGCUGCCUCGGCUGCAGCGGCACUUGUGGCGGCCACGGCUUCGCUGCCUUCGCUAAAUCACAGUCACAGUGCGUCCACGAGUGGCCACCACAACCAUCAAGGAUCCUCGACGGCGGGCGGACCCUCCACGGGGGCAAGUGGAUCCCUCGUCGGUGGAGCAGCGUCGCACCAGCAGUCGCACUACCACCAUGCAGCCCACCACCACCAGCAGCAGCAGCACCACCACUCGCAAACGGGUAGCUCAAAGUAGAGACAAAACCCGAAUUAGUUUGCUUUACUUUUACUUAAACUUACUUUUUUUUAAUUUAUGUUUUUCGUUUGAUUUUAUGUUUGAUGUUUAAUGCUCUCUCUCUCUCUCGUCGGAACGGUGGAUAUUGUUAAUUUAACCGAAGAAAGAAAUUACAAAGAAUAGUUAUAUAGGAGACAACAUAACUCAGUAGUUACCAGUAUCAUUCCCUGUACAAAUGCAGACGUAAAAGCAGUUAGAUUUCAGUCCAUUGUUGAUUCGUUUCUUCACCGAUUUCUGUAGCCCGAUUUGUUUGUUAUGUGUAUAUGUCUGUACAUAGGUCAGUAUUAAGCGUUGUACCAAAUUGUUGUUUAUAUACUCGUAUAGUAAAAUGUGACACUCAGCUUUGAUUGAUUUUAAUUAUAGUUUAUUAGCAGGUAUUGAACCCAAAGUUGCGUCUUCAGUUGGCGGAUUGUCGGUGCCUGUGAUCCUCAAUCCGCUCCAGCUGCAGAUCCACCUAUCCCACAAAAAGAUUAUAGAUCACUAAACAAGCGCGAUUAGCUUGAGGAAGGCUAUUAAGGCUAUUAAUCAGUGCGUUCCACGGCCAUAAGAAAGUUCUAGAGGUCACAAUUUUGGUUUUUCCAUGUUUUUAUUUUAUAACAUGUUAAAAAUUGUUUAAGCUUUUAUUUAUACUAAAUUUAUUCCAUGUAAUCAUUUUUGUUUCAACUUGUAUGUUUAUUUUAUCUAAAAACCUUAGAUUUAUUGUUUAUAUUGUUCAUAGACCAAGAAAUGUAUUCUUUUUUCCUAUUAUCUAUUGGAAGAAGUAAUUUGUUUCACUUGUUUUCUUUUUAACUUAAACUUGUAAUUGGAAUUUUUACAACUGUCUUAAAUUGUUAUUUUAUAUGGCAGUUGGACAUAAACAUUUAGUGCUAUGGUAUCAAAUAAUCUUUAUGACUAAACGUUUGUUUAAACUGUCUUAAGAACAGUGCGUUUAAUAACAAUAAAACAGUCAUACAUCAGGACUCUAAAGAAGCGUUAAUCCUAUAAGCAGAACUACAUUUUGAUACCAAAUUUACUACACAAAUUGAAAUUAUUACCUAAAGCUAUGGCCGAAUACUGUUUUAUGGACCUGAAACGCCCAUCCCACACCCACUUAGCACUAGGCAAAGCGGCACUUAGACGAUUCAUCCCAGUGCGCCAAACGUAUCCCACUUAAGACCCACAUCCAGAGUUUUUAGGCGCUUUCAAUCUAUUUAUGUAUUGCAGUUGUACACUUUUAUGUGAAAAUGCGAAAUAAAGAUCGCUAUUUAUGUAGA